UAGAAAAUUAUUCUCUUGUUGGCCGUCAACGGUCACCGCCAGCUACAUGGUAACCCGGCAACACAGUCUUCCUGCGGCAGCCAGAACAACAUCUUGGCUGCUGUAACUUCACUAGUUUGGAUUUACUCGCUGCACCAGAGAGGAGUAAGCCAGCACGAUGGAUGUCACAGAGGAAAAUAUGACACCAAAGGAGAUGCGUGAGAAAAUAGUAGAGCUGGAGCACGGUCUAAACCAGCAGAGGGACCUAAAUGCUAAAAUCAACAACUGGCUGGAUGUUGCAGAUGAUGAUAUAGCAAUGCUGCGCACAGAGAACGGCCUCCUCAGCAAACAAGUGAAAGCCCUGGAGAAGAGCAACAGUGGCACACAGCAGAUUGAAGCAGAGCCUUGCAGGUCCCUCCUGGCUGAUAACCUCAAUGCAAAGAGGUGUAGUGAAAACAAGAUUCAGAAAUUGGAGAAGGAAUCCACCGUGGUGAAAGAACACAAUAAGACGCUAACUGAAGAGCUCAAGAGCCUCCAGCAAGAGAGAGACCGGGACAAGAUUAGCUUGAAGAAGAACAGGGUUGCACUUCAAACCAUGGAGCGUAGAAUGGAAGAGGCUCAGUUAGGGCUGCAGAAUAGGGAUGAGUAUAUUCAUCAGAAAAACUUGCAGUCAAAGCAGUCGGAGAAAACUGAAGAAGAGUACUCCAACAUCAUAGAGUAUCUCAGGCUGACAAAUUGGGAACUGAGAGAGCAGUUGGAGGACAGACAGGAUGAGGCCUCAUUCGCUAUGGUGAAUGACCUGAUGGGAAAAAAUGAAGGAAUGCCCAGUCCCUGUCUGUCCUUUGCAGAGGAACUGAAGCUGCUGGCCUCUUCAGCUGAAAUGAAAACCAUCAUGUCAGACUCCACAGAUCUUAGACAUGAGGAAUCUGAGGCUGAGGAGCCACUGAAUCCUCAGAGUCUCACAGUAGACCGUCAGACCAAAAGGUGUGCAGGUACCUUGGAGACAGCCAUCCAGAGAGCAGGACUAUUUCUUCUGUCGGUCUUCAUUCUCACUGUUUUGGCCUUUGUGACUUCAGGAAGCUGUACAGGAAACUUUUUUUCCAUCAACACCUUGUGGAGCGGUGCACGCCUGAUGUUACAGCCCUACUGCAGUGUGCAUUAUGGGGCCUUACCUCCUAUUUGAUCUAAAAACUCCAUCUUAUAAACAUGUUGUCUUCAUU